AGGAGGAGCAGGGAAACCCAGGGAGGGGAGGGGAAGAGAAGGGAGUAAAGGGGAGGAGGCCGCGCGGGGUGGGGCCCGGCGGUACGCGCUGGCUGCGUCGACGUGCUGACGCCAUGACGCCCCGGCCGGUGUGUGUCGGUGUGUGUGUGUGUGAGUGUGCGCGCUCCGAGUGUGUGUGUAUUUGUGUAUCGGCGGUCCCGCAGGUCCCGGAUGUUGCGGACAGUAUGAGGCGAGCGCAGGGGGACGGGGACCAGCAGCUGUCGCCGCCGCUCUCAGAGAUUUCCUGUUAGACAAGACAAAUUAGAGUUUUCCUACUGACUUAACUUGUUGGAAGGAGGUCUAGGUGCCUUUCAGGAAGAAAAGUAUCUCAUGGGAAUACUGAAUUCUUUACUGCUGGAUAGUAAUAGUUAAUGCUGAACAUAAUCGGUUGCCCUUGUAGGAGACCAAAUCCUCUGGAGCAGGGUGAAGAGGGAACAGAAAUCUUUGCUCCCUGACUUUGGAAAUCUCGUUUAACCUUCAAACUGGCGAUGUCAAGGGUUCCAAGUCCUCCACCUCCGGCAGAAAUGUCGAGUGGCCCCGUAGCUGAGAGUUGGUGCUACACACAGAUCAAGGUAGUAAAAUUCUCCUACAUGUGGACCAUCAAUAACUUUAGCUUUUGCCGGGAGGAAAUGGGUGAAGUCAUUAAAAGUUCUACCUUUUCAUCAGGAGCCAAUGAUAAACUGAAAUGGUGUUUGCGAGUAAACCCCAAAGGGCUAGAUGAAGAAAGCAAAGAUUACCUGUCACUUUACCUGUUACUGGUCAGCUGUCCAAAGAGUGAAGUUCGGGCAAAAUUCAAAUUCUCCAUCCUGAAUGCCAAGGGAGAAGAAACCAAAGCUAUGGAGAGUCAACGGGCAUAUAGGUUUGUGCAAGGCAAAGACUGGGGAUUCAAGAAAUUCAUCCGUAGAGAUUUUCUUUUGGAUGAGGCCAACGGGCUUCUCCCUGAUGACAAGCUUACCCUCUUCUGCGAGGUGAGUGUUGUGCAAGAUUCUGUCAACAUUUCUGGCCAGAAUACCAUGAACAUGGUAAAGGUUCCUGAGUGCCGGUUGGCAGAUGAGUUAGGAGGACUGUGGGAGAAUUCCCGGUUCACAGACUGCUGCUUGUGUGUUGCUGGCCAGGAAUUCCAGGCUCACAAAGCUAUCUUAGCAGCUCGUUCUCCGGUUUUUAGUGCCAUGUUUGAACAUGAAAUGGAAGAGAGCAAAAAGAAUCGAGUUGAAAUCAAUGAUGUGGAGCCUGAAGUUUUUAAGGAAAUGAUGUGCUUCAUAUACACGGGGAAGGCUCCAAACCUCGACAAAAUGGCUGAUGAUUUGUUGGCAGCUGCUGACAAGUAUGCCCUGGAGCGUUUAAAGGUCAUGUGUGAGGAUGCCCUCUGCAGUAACCUGUCCGUGGAGAAUGCUGCAGAAAUUCUCAUCCUGGCUGACCUCCACAGCGCAGAUCAGUUGAAAACUCAGGCAGUGGAUUUCAUCAACUAUCAUGCUUCGGAUGUCUUAGAGACCUCUGGGUGGAAGUCAAUGGUGGUGUCACAUCCUCACUUGGUGGCUGAGGCAUACCGCUCUCUGGCUUCAGCACAGUGCCCUUUUCUGGGACCCCCACGCAAACGCCUGAAGCAAUCCUAAGAUCCUGCUUGUUGUAAGACUCCGUUUAAUUUCCAGAAGCAGCAGCCACUGUUGCUGCCACUGACUACCAGGUAGACAGCGCAAUCUGUGGAGCUUUUACUCUGUUGUGAGGGGAAGAGACUGCAUUGUGGCCCCAGACUUUUAAAACAGCACUAAAUAACUUGGGGGAAACGGGGGGAGGGAAGGGCCCAGGACUCGGGGCUGUUCAACCUAAUGAAAACCCUGUUGCUGCGUCACUGUGUUCCCUUUGGCCUGGCCAAGUUUGAUACUGUGGGGAUUCAGUUUAGGCGCUGGCCCGAGGACAUCCCAGCGGUGGUACUUCGGAGAAACCUGUCUGCAUCUGACUGAGCAGAAUAAAUCGUCAGGUGCCUGGAGCAAAAAGGAAAAAAAAAAGAAAGGACAUUGAGUUUUAACAGAAGGGAAAAGGAAAGAAGAAAAGAUUUUUGCAGAAUUUCUCAAAAAUCAGUUUGUGGAUUCCAGUAGUAUUUAUAUUGAGAGAAACAAAUUUUAGUCCUUCCAACUGUGCUAAAACUUGGAUAUUUGUGAAAACUCACCACCAUACAAGCAUCAGAAGAGCUCUCUUGUUGUUAGCACUUACUGUUUGCAAGAACAGAAUGCAUCCUUUUAUCCUUUUAUGAAAAAUGACAAGUGAAGGCAAAAGGGGAAGGUUAUUUGAUCUGGAAGAUGAGUGUUCUGAUGUGGUGGCUUUUGCAAAAAUCUUUAUUGGUGUUGAAAACUGGAAAAAAAUAACUCAUCCAGAAUUCAUACUGUCUUGACAAGAACUAUGGUUCUCUGUUUUUAGAUAUUGUGGAAAAUGUUUUUGGGCAUUUUUCUCUGAUUUUAUUUCUUCUCCCCCGCCCCUUUUUCUAAAAAACAAACAAAAAAACACACAAAACAAAAACAGAACAAAAGAAGAGAAGAGAGAAGGAAAUUUUAUUAAUUAAAGAUGCUGUGUGAUAAAAUCCCAGCCCAGAUUGCUCAGCUGUUUGUACCUGACUUGCCGCCUGCAUAGGAGCCAGUUCUGUUCCUUCUGACUAGCCCCUCUUCCUCCAGGGGAGAACUUCCAAAUGUUAAUUUUUUCUUUUUGAAAAUAUAAAUAAUUACUAUUUUGUACUGUGUGGUAUCUCUGGUCUUUUGUUUCACUCACCUGCCUUGUCUCUUGGGUCUGAGUCCCUUGCUUAAGGGAUUUUGAAGUCCUAGUUUUCAGCUUGCAGAGAUUAUGUUUGAAAUGUCUAAUGAGCCGUAGGGAUUUGUUGAGACUCCGUAAUUUCAAGUUUUCUUUGUGAGCUAUCAGCAUCUGCCAGUCUCUUGUCCUCCCUGAGUAUCUCACAGUCCAUAUCCUGAUGAGGGAUCAGGCCCCUACCUGUGCCAAGGCAAGUCAUGGUAGUGGGCUUUUCUGCACCCUGUAUGUUUUAAGACCUAAUCCCCACCUCCCUUCUCCUAAUUAAACACAAAAAGAUCCAGGGGACAUAAAUGUGGAGAUUAAAUAAAGGGAAAUUAUUGUCUCUAA